CCCAUCCUCCUGAUUCAACAUUCCCCUUACCAAAGUGCCUCCAUAUCCGGUACUUCAUUUCCUCCUUCGUACCGAAGCCGGAGAGGUUGGUAUUUACAAACGAAGAGGAGUUCUUGGUACUGUCCUAAUUCGGGAAACGAGGAUGUAUUUGCAGUCACUGCUGCUUGGAGGAUUUGUGGUUUCGUCGCUUGUCUUCGUUUCCGUUCACGGUUCGGGUCUCGGAAGGGGUUUUGGUGACCACAUACACUGGCGAACGUUUGAAGAUGGGAAGAAAGAGUCAGCAGCCAGUGGCUUACCAUUGAUGCUUGUAAUCCAUAAGUCAUGGUGUGGAGCAUGCAAAUCAUUAAAACCCAAGUUUGCAGAUUCCAAAGAAAUCUCUGAACUGGCUCAUAAUUUUGUCAUGGUUAAUGUUGAGGAUGAAGAAGAGCCAAAGGGAGAGGGUUUCAGCCCAGAUGGGGGCUAUAUUCCACGGAUCCUAUUUUUGGAUCCUGAGGGAACAGUACAUCCAGAGAUAGUUAAUCGACAAGGGAACCCCAGCUAUAGAUACUUCUACAGCAGUGCUGAACAAGUGGUUGCAGGAAUGAAGGAAGCACAAGACAAGUUAACAGGGGAUGCCUUCAAGAAGCAACAUCAUGGAGAGGAACUAUAGAUUAGCCCAUCUGCUAGUUCCAGCCCCAAUCCAGGCACAUUUUCUGAGAAUGAAAUAAAAAUGUUCUUCCUAAAACAUCUGUAGACUGAGGAAUGUAAUCUAGUCACUGGAAACAGAAACACUUUUCUCCAUUGCGAAGUGACAAGAAGAUUCCUGUAUACAAGUUCUACAUCGGACCUUUUCUGUAUACAUUGUAGUCAUUGUGUAAUCUAACUGAAUUUGCCCUAUGGGGCAGAAAAAGGGCAGAAAAAGUAAACUUGAUGUGGAGUAAGAACAAGCCAUUGGUCUGUAAUACUGCAAAUGCCUGCAUUUAUCACGUCUGCUGAACACAAAGCAUUAAUCUUUUGACACUGCUCCUUCUGAUUGGCCACAGUGAGAUCGUUGCUUUUUGAUGUCAGAACAAACCCAUUGGGGACCAAUGUUCAACAUUAUGUCUCCAUUCUUAGACUAGCAGGUUGUUCAGUUUUAAAUACUUGAUGUAAAUGUUGGUGUAAUGAAUGCAGUAACGCAGACACGUAACUUUGAUCUGAAGUGAGCUGUAUCCUUUAAUGUCAAAAUUAGAUUCUUAAUCCUAAUAUUGCAGGUUUAGUGGCAGGAAAUUUUAUUGUGCUUAUCUUGUCAAGAGUCCCCUAAAUAUCUAGUUAAGUAGUCCCUCAUGCUUUUUACUGGACUGAAAAUUUUAGGAAAGCUGUUGUUUACAGGAGUUUGACCUUUUGAAGCAAAUGCUGCGUUUCUUUGGAUGCCGAGGUCUGUUUUUGUUGUUUAUCUUGGCCUCCCUUCUUCAGUCCCUUUUGAUUUGACUUUAUCCAGAUUGCCAGCUGUUUGGGACAUGGGUCCUGUGUUGCACACUUUCUUUUACUGCUUCUUGCAGCAUGCCAUGCAUUUCAUCUGUAGGUCAGCUUUUGGGAAGUGUUACAGAAGUAGGCAUAUACUGUUUGAUAUGUUUUUCUUGUAUUGUCCUAACGGAGGAUGUGUAGCACGCACAACUACAUUUUACAUAAUUUAAUAUGUUAGCUGAAAUGAAAGUGCUGCAUUUGAUACUGCUAAAUAAGUUUUGUACAAUGCCAGUGAUAUUUUAGUACUUUUGCAGAUUUUUGUGGGCUCAAAUUUAUUUUGCUGUUGGAUGGAGUCCAACAGCUUGUUUCUCUGUUAUUCACUGGUUGGAGGCCAGACGUAUUACAGAUCUGUACACCAACCAGAGGUGCCAUGGAAGUGAAUGGUUAAUAUUCAGGAGGGUUUGUACUAACGUGCACAAAAUCUGACUUGUGGCUUAGACUGGUAUCUUUGAAGUUUAUGAACUAUGUGAAACUGUAAUAUUCAAGAAAUUCUGAUCAUUUGCUUCUGUAGGUUUCUGUAGCUAGAUUGCUGGAAGAACCUGAGCCUCCCCACCAGGAGAGGAGAGGUCUUUCCAGCACUGUGGGUAAGAGGAUUAUCAUUUGCCUGUUAUGAAAAGUAGGACCAGUUGUACGAGCAUGUAUGGUGCGAAUAGCAUCCACAUACAUUAAAAGUAUUAAAAGAUUCUAUCCAUCCAUCCUGAAUCUCUUUUCCCAUUUUUGCACAUGGGGUCUGAUUAUAUAUUAAAAAAAAAAUUUUCUUGUUUCAAGUUUCCACCUGCUGACCUCCACUUUGGGAUAUUAUCCACCCCCCCCUCCCCCCCCCCCGUUUUGUUCCUUUAGGAGCAAAGGCAGGGCAAUAGAUCGUCAAACAGCAAGGUUAUUUUUCAAUGUUCUGUCUACAGUUCCUUUUUCUGUGGCAACCAGUGAGCAUGUCCAACUGUGGAUUUCUCUCACUACCAAUCACUGCUUUAUUACUGUGAGCCCUAUGACCCUGCUGGGGAGCUACCGGAUGGUGAUGCUAUGCCAUGUCCUCUGCCUAAGGGAAGAGAGCUGCUGCUACUGGAGACUUCAGUUUUCCUUUCCUAAAUUCCCACUCAUGCUUGUGUCUAGUGUGAGUUAGUCGUACUAUUGCCACCACACCAAGGAGCCAUUUGACAAUCCAAAAGCUAAAUGUGCCCAAGGGGAAUCUGUAAUGUGCCUCUCUCACUAGGAGACUGUUGGUAAGCCUUCCUUUAGGAGUGAGAGAACACAGACCACAUAAAGCUUCUAUUGGAAGAGUUUGGUUUAGGAACUUUGAACAAGUUUGAUUUUCUCCCCACCAGCAGAGAUUCCGUAAUCUUUGAUUAUUAUUAAAACAGCUGGCUAUUUUUUUCAGUCCAGUAGAAAGUAGCAGUUUUAAUUUUCUCAGAAAAGAUGUUAUUUUCUGGGGCAGAUGUUUCAGUACAGCAUUUUCUUGUAGAGUUAAUAAUACUUGAAAUCAUAUUUCACUGCAGCAUUUUGUAAACUUUUUGUUGUGUAAUUUGAGAUGUGCCUGAGAAUGGAUACUGAUUUUAUGAUUAACAUUUGCAACGUUAAGAGUUUUGGCCUCCUCUUUGAUGUAAUUCAGUCUGAUUUUCUUCUUUAUGUUUUUAAAUCAUCUUAACUGUACUAGUUUACAGAUUCAUUUUGAAAUGUAAACUGUUUAUUUGGGAUGCUGUAGAGAGAAUGUAUAUACAUCACAUUUAUCUGUAUUUUCCUGGAGCAGUGACAAUAGUAUAAAAACACUAUUAUUCUCAAGGGGAUGUUACAUUUUUGUGCUGUGCAUUGAACAAAGUGGUAGACAGACAUACGGAGUACCAAUGCAUGCAUGUCAACACUUGCAGUUUUUGCAUAAUUUACUGCCAAAGUCUGCAUUUUUUUUUUUUAGUUUACUUAACUGUUUUUUUUCAAUGUAUAUUGCAUUCUACUUGGUUUUCGGGUAGAAUGUUGUGCUGAUAGGGUUUCUAAAAUUCAGGAAUAAAAUAUUUUUAUAAUGGUA